AUGAGAGAAUCUAUUGAUUCAAUUAAAAAUUAUAUAUGGGCUUUCUUGGUGAAGAAUAGUUCACCAGAAUUACCUCAUAUAGAUAAUGAUGAUUUGAAGAACAUCUUUGAAAAGGUUAAUGACAUAUUACAAUCCAAACAAUCUACUGUUAAUUACAAAUUUGAGAAAUUAACUAAUGAACUUGGUUUCAUGAUUACGAAAUUGGUAUUCAGUUAUUCUGUUUAUAUUAAUUAUUUCAUAUUGACAGUCCUUGCUUUGUCUUUAGUUAUCGUUGGUUCUUUUGGUUCGAUUACUUCAAUCCCUUAUACUGCUUUACCACCAACCAAGAUCCAUCCUCUGUUUCAUCCAACUGAUCUUGAUGUUGACCAAGACUGCCAUAUUGUCUACAAAAACGAUAAAGAUUCAAAGAAAAAACACGAUAUUAUGGAUGAAAAACAUGCUAUAAUAUUACCAAUUACAUCAAGCAUAGCAUUAUGUGGAUUAUAUAUUGUUAUCAAAAAAUUCGAAGUUCAAUGGUUGAAAUAUGUUAUGUGGAUGUUAACAUUGAACAUGAAGAUUGUAAAUCUACCAUCCACAAAAUUUGUAGUUACCUAUAUUUUCCAUGCUUUUUCCCGUACGUUAACAUCCAUCACUAGAAAAUGGGAUCCAUUAAGUUAUUCUCCAAGGUUUAGAUUAACUUUGUCUGAUGAUAACGAGGCAAUUAAUGCAAAUAGUGGUAUCAUAACUAACUUUGGUUACAAAGAAUAUCUUGAAUCCGAUGAUUCCAAGCUGUAUUACCAAGCUACUAUCGACGAAAUUGAUAAAGAUUCAAGUAUUAAAUUCUUCUACAGGAGAGAAUUUAUUGAACCAAGUUCUGUAACAGCCAAGAGACAAAUUUUCAAUAUUUAUUUUGAUAAUGCUUCAUUUUAUGCGUUUAUCUUUAGUUUAAUUUCUACUGUAAUGUAUCACUACUUUUCCGACAAUUGGUUAAUGACAAAUAUUGUUAGUGUUAAUAUGGCUAUCUGGGCUAUUUCCAAUUUGAAGUUAAAGAAUUUAAGAUCUGGCACUCUGAUCUUAGUUGCGUUGUUCUUUUAUGAUAUAUUCUUCGUAUUUGGUACCGACGUAAUGGUAACAGUUGCCACAAACAUCGACUUACCUGUCAAAUUAACUGUACCAACUAAAUUUAAUACAUCAGAAAGCAAGUUUGAAUUUGCAAUGUUAGGAUUAGGUGACAUUGCAUUACCAGGAAUGUUCAUCGCAAUGUGUUACAAAUUUGAUAUUUGGAAAUAUCAUUAUGAUAAUACCGAUACAGAAUUCCAUUUAUUAAAUAAAAAAUAUGCCGGCAAAUAUUUUAUUGUAGCAUGUGCCAGCUAUACACUGGCUUUAGUAACAUGUAUGGUUGCAUUGACAAUAUAUAACACGGCUCAGCCGGCACUGCUAUACAUUGUACCAAGUCUAGUGAUCUCAACGGUAUUGACUGCACUGAUCUCUCGUGAAUUUAACUUAUUUUGGACUUUCCAAUACGACACAAUCGAGUUGGGAGAGAACAUGUUAGAAGUCGAAGACACUGACAAAGGGGUAUCGACAAAAGCAAUGACAUAUGCCGAGUAUAUCAUGACAGACAAUGACGAAGAUGAUAACGAGGAUUAUACAGAAGAAGAUGCACUAAUGGACGAAAAAUAUUCUGACUACGAUUCCGAAGAUACAGAUGACACUAUCUCUAUGAGUCAAGAAUAA